AUGUUCAUUGACCAACGGGAAAAGGUGAGCGAAACUCUAACCAACUUUUUGAGGAAAAACACAACUAUCAAUGCAGCAGCCUAUUCAAACUCCCGGAUGUAUUUCGAGGAGUACGCCCGUCGGGUUCACAACACCGCGAGAAGGCAGCGCAAAUUGUCUUUGACUCGAACUCGACAAGUGCAUAAUGCUGCCGAAGACAACUUGAGCCCAGAUUCCGCGCCCUCACAAUAUGCAAGGCGUGGGCGAGGCGAAUCUUCGAAGCGAAUCGUGUCUUCCACUGUUGCCUUCCCAACCCAGCAAAAUUUUGUUCCCAACUCCAUCGGCGGCAAACCGGAUAUACCAAGAACCUUCGAUCAUUACGCUCGCGCCUUCCCCGUGGCGGAAACAACUGGAAAAGCUGCAGUCCGUAGCCUCCUCGAUCUUUCGGCACUUCCCCUUCGUUUCCUCAGGAGGGAUUUGAUAGAAUUUGGGGUAGAAGACGAAGGAACCAUCAUCUCUACAUCAGCAAAACCGGGGGAAAUGCCUCGGGAAGCCAUUACCAGAUUUGUCGAAGCUUUCCAGCUGCGAUACAACCAGAUGCGAGGACCCGAGAAACAGAGAAUGACCUCGACCCAUUGCUGGUAUCUUGUAGAGGCAUUCAAACGCUAUGCGACGGAAAAUUCGAAGCGCCCCUUUGACGUGAUUGAAAUCGACUAG